UUUUUACGUGAUUUUGUUACGCUUUUAAAUAUUUGCUUUUGUUUGUGAAAAUCAGCUGGUGACUCACCUAGUAUUUAUUUUUUGAUAUAAAAUUCUACUUAACGAGAAAUGUUUAAUAAUUUUUUUGGAAAGAAGCCAACAGUCAAAGAACAGCAAAGGGAAAAUGACAAGAAUUUACGGAAAGCAACGCGUGAUAUAGAGCGCGAACGCCGUAAGCUGGAAGAAGAGGAAAAAAAACUGCAACAAGAAAUUAAACGAGCCGCGGCGCAAGGUAACAACGAUGUCUGCCGUAUAUUGGCAAAACAACUUAUAGAGAUUCGUAAACAAAAGUCUCGAACGUUUGCCGCUACUAGCAAAAUCACCUCCAUUGGUUAUCAGAACAAAAAUAUUGGAACAAAUGUCGUGCUUGCAGAUGCCAUGGGUACAACAGCAAAAACAAUGGGCGAUAUGAACAAGGUUAUGCGCCCCGAGAGUAUAGCAGCCAAUGUUCGGGACUUCCAAAAAGCAAAUAUGCACAUGGAAAUGACAGACGAAAUGAUAAAUGAUACGCUUGAUGACAUGUUGACCGAGUCGGGAGAUGAGGAAGAAAGUGACGCCAUUGUUAACAAGGUUCUGGAUGAAAUCGGAAUUGAAAUAUCGGGUAAAAUGGCAAGCAUCCCUGCUACAGGUUCCGGAGAUUUGGGAAAAAGUUCACGCACGGAAAAGGAUAUUGAGGCACAAUUGGCAAAGCUACGGUCCUCUUAGAUAGUAUAAUGAAAAUAGAAAUAAAGUUAAUGUUAUAAUUCAUAAUUGCUUUACAAUCGUGUGAAAAUAUCUACAUAUGUACAUACGUCUUUUGAACAAUGGGCCUGUUCGAUGCACGUAAUAAAAUCGGCAAUAUUGCAGCACUGAUGAAAACUUGCAGUACUGUUGCCACUUUCCAACUGAUAAAACUUUGCUAGAAAUUCACACCGAACGUGAUACUUUAAUAAUGCGCGCAACGCCGCGGUUGUGAUGGCAUAUCGAACAAGCCCAGUAGAUUAAGAAAAUCGGAACCUUUUCGUUCUUCAUUAAGAGACUUAUUCGUUUUUAAAAAGCAUUCCUUCCUCGGUCGUACAAUUUUAAUGAGUUAAAUAAAAGAAAAUGCAACGA